AUGACUCAGCUUGUGGGUGAGUUGACUCCAAUGAGAAGUAGUUCCACUGAGAAGCCGAAGCGCCGCUGCAGGUUCCCCCUCUACGCGCAGGUCUUGCUCGGCAUGGUGCUGGGCAUUUUAUUGGGCUACUUUCUGCCAAAUGUCGCCACGAAUCCCUGGAUUGAGGCCAUGGGCACGCUCUUCGUGAAGCUGGUGAAGAUGAUCAUUGCGCCCAUUAUUUUCUGCACCGUGGUCUCGGGCAUUGCCCACGUCUCUGAUGCGGCCAAAGUCGGUCGAGUGGCCUUGAAGGCCAUCCUCUACUUCGAGGUGAUCUCCACCCUUGCUUUGUUGAUUGGUCUCUUGGUGGCCGAAGUCAUUCAGCCGGGCCGCGGGAUGAAAGCCGCACCCGAUGCAGCAGCCGUCGAAAAGUAUCAGAAACAAGCAGAACAUCACACCACGUUGGACUUUGUCAUGGGUAUUGUCCCUAAGACCGUGGUCAGCGCCUUCGUGGACGGUGAAAUCCUUCAGGUGCUCUUCUUCUCGGUGAUCUUCGGAUUUGCCUUGAUCGGAGCUGAGAAGGUAGACAUCCUGCACAACUUGAUUGAUCAAGUGGCCCAUGGCAUGUUCGCGGUCGUGAAGAUCAUCAUGAAGUUUGCUCCGUUUGGCGCGUUUGGUGCGAUGGCACACACUGUGGGGAAGUAUGGCAUCAAGACGUUGGGGAGCCUGCUUGGGCUGGUCGCCACCAACUACCUGACCUCGCUCUUCUUCGUCAUUUGCGUGUUGGGCGUGGUAUGCCUCAUUGCGAGAUUCAACAUCUUCCGAUUUCUCUACUACCUCAAGCAUGAGUUGCUCUUAGUGCUGGCCACCUCAUCUUCCGAGAGCGCCCUGCCGUCCUUGAUGCAGAAAUUGCAGGCUGCAGGGCUCUCAAAGCCUGUGGUUGGCCUGGUGGUUCCUCUGGGCUAUUCCUUCAACCUGGAUGGCACGAACAUCUACAUGACCCUGACCACAUUGUUCAUCAGCCAAGUCAUGGGAGUCGACCUGACCUGGGGGGACAAGAUCAAGGUCCUGGCGGUGGCGAUGCUCACUUCCAAGGGCGCCGCUGGCGUCAGCGGCGCCGGGUUCAUCACCUUGGCCGCCACGCUGUCGUCGAUUCACCCGGAGCUAGUACCUGGCAUGGCCAUCGUGCUUGGCAUUGAUAAAUUCAUGUCCGAGUGCCGCUCCUUGACCAACAUCUGUGGCAACGCGGUGGCUGCAGUGGUGAUCGCAGCGAUGGAGGGCGAGCUGAACCGGGAGAAGUUUCACAAUGCUCUUCACGGGAAGGUGGUGGAGAGUGACGAGGAGGAUCCCGUGCCGCUCUCGGACGAAUCCGGGAGUAGCACGGACCACUCAGAGUAA